AUGCAGUCCGCCCUGGACUCCAAAUCCCAGGACUUCGACGCCAAGUCUAUCCUAUCCAUGCAGGAGCUGGAGCCGUCGCCCGUCGACGACUCGCUCUCAACGCCCGACCUCGAGACGCUGGAGAGCGGCGAGUACUUCCCUAAGCCGGUGGAAGACAAGCCAGCGCGCACCUGCGGGUUUACUGCGCCGAGUUUAGGGCUCCGCGCGCACCGGUGGGAUGCAUUGUUAUCAGGCAUCCAGAGAUACUCCACAUACCCGCCAACUGCUUUCUUCAUCCUGCACUUCGCCAAUACCUCGCUCAUCCCGCUGAUCACCCGCUCCGUCCCCGCCAGCGAGCCCUACCUCCUGCUCACGCGACCAGUCUACCAAGCCCCCGGGCUGGAACACCUCGUUCUCACUGUCCCGAUCCUCGCGCACAUCAUCUCCGGCAUCGCGCUGCGGAAUAUCCGCGGCUCGCGCCGCGCCCGCCUCUACGGCGCUGAGACACGAGCCCAGCGCGACCUGCUCUCCUUCUGGCCGAAGGUCUCGCUCCAGGCGAAAACAGGCUAUUUUCUGGCACCCUUAAUCGGGGUCCACGCGCUGAUUAACCGUGUUACGCCGUUGAGGGUCGAGGGCGGUAGUUCCGGUGUGGGAUUGGGGUAUGUUGCACAUGGCAUCGCGCGCAGUCCUGUGUUCUGGAAUAUUUUCUAUCUGCUGUUUGUCACGGCCAGCGUGUGGCAUUUUGUUGGCGGAUGGGCUACUUGGAUGGGGUGGAGGGUUACCACUGCCCGCAAGGAGCGCAGUGCUAAGGGCUCGCUUGAGGGCUAUUUGGGCCAUGCCGAGAACCAGGACCGCGCCAAGCGCCAGCGCAAGAUGUGGUGGAUGGUGAAUGGGAUCGCGGCUGUGGGUGCGGCCCUCUGGCUUGCAGGGGCUUUGGGUAUUGUUGGCCGUGCUGGGGAGGGUUCGGGCUGGGAAGCUCAGGGGUGGAAUGAGAUGUAUAGCCAAGUACCGGUCAUUGGGGAUUGGUUAUAA